GUGGACGUACGAAUGGAGGAGAGAUGGGUCGUUCAUACACAGGACACAGAAAAAAAACUUGACUUUCAGUGUUUCUGAGUCCAGCGGAGGAGAUUACAGGUGUCUGGGUUUUCUCAAAGAUGACUGGCUUUCUUCGACAGAGUGGAGUGAACCCAUCUCACUGUCAGUGUUACGUAAGUCAUGUGUAAACCAAAGGCCCAUCUGACUAUGGGCAGCACAGAGCUGCCAGUAGGAGGCAACGUGAUACUAACCUGCUCACUAAACACAUCGUCACCGUUUAGUUUGAAAUAUUUCUGGUACCGAGGAGAAAAAUCAUCAGAGCCUGUGAGCUCGCAAGAUGCUGAUUUCCUUUCAAAUGGACAAAUGAGCGUCUCAGAGGAAGGACUGUACUGGUGCAGAGGAGGAAGAGGAGAACCAGUUUACUACACGGACUACAGUGAUCACGUCAAUAUCACUAAGAACUUAUCCGUUGAGUCCGGCGGUCCAGUCGGCUCUUUGUUGCUCGUGCUGCUGGUUGUUGCUCUCCUUGGUGGAAUCAGUCUAAUUAUUCUGCUGCUCUUGUUUUGGCGCAGCAGACAGACGAAAGAUUUUCGGCACGUGAGAUUAAAUCCAUCACAGAUCUCCAAUCAGAGCUUCACCGCUAAUCAUGGAGUCAACCACAGUGAGAUGUACACCUCCCACCCUGAGGUAAACAAUCCUUCUCUCAGUUUGUCACUCGGAUCCUCAGAGGUCAACAGGAACAAUAAAUCCGACACUGUUUACUCCCUGGCUGAAUUAAAAACCUCUGGGACAAAGAGGAGUCCUCCUGAUCCAGAAGAGGGCGCUCUUUGGUCACAUGUGAAAACACAAGCUAUAGAUGAAUCCAUAGACAAUGGGUACUCUCUGCUUGAAGUAAAAAACUUUGGAACAAAGAGACUUUCUGUUGGUCCAGAAGUGAACACUGUUUACGCCAAGGUGAAAAAAGGAGCUACAGCAGAUAAAUCCAUAAACACUGUCUACUCCCAGAUUGAAGGGAAAAAUGUUGGGAUGAUGAAACUUCCUGUUGAUCCAGAAGAGGUCGCUGUUUAUGCUAAUGUGAAAAAAGGAGCUAUAGAUAAAUCCAUAGACACUGUGUACUCCCUGACUGAAAUGAAAAACUUUGGGACGAUGAAAGAUCCACAUGAUCCACAAGAGGGCGCUGUUGGCUCCGACAUGAAAACAGACUGUACAGCAGCGUCUACUGAGAUGAACCAUUUGAAAAAAGCCAAGAAAAAAACUAAAGGAAAACGGAGUCGUUCAGCAGAUGCAGCAGUUUAUGCUAACGAGUCAGGAACAGCUGUGGCUAGUGAUGGUCCCAUGUCCAGAAAAGCCAAAAAGCAUUAAAACUCUCAUUGUUUAGCUGUUAUCUAAAAUAAACAGCAUCUCAAAAAUGA